CCGCACCCCCCCUUCUCCACUUUGUACCUUUCUCUCGGCGACGGCAAAGCGGGCCGGGCCGGGCCGGACCAGACCAGACCGGACCGCGGGGGCGAUGCGGCUGCUGCCCCUGCUGCGGACUGUCCUCUGGGCCGCGCUCCUUGGCUCCCCUCUCCGAGGGGGCUCCGGCCUCCGCCACGACUUCUACUGGAACUCCAGUGCCCACAGGCUGCUUCGAGGAGACGCGGUGGUGGAGCUGGGCCUCAACGACUACCUGGACAUCUUCUGCCCGCACUAUGACGGGCCAGGGCCCCCCGCAGGCCCCGAGACAUUCGCCUUGUACAUGGUGGACCGGCCGGGCUACGAGGCCUGCCAGGCGCAGGGCACAGGCGCCUUCAAGCGCUGGGAGUGCGCCCGCCCCUUUGCCCCCUUCGGCCCCGUUAAAUUCUCAGAGAAGAUUCAGCGCUUCACACCCUUCUCCCUUGGCUUCGAGUUCUUACCUGGAGAGACAUACUACUACAUCUCGGUGCCCAUGCCGGGCAGUGCCGGCCAGUGCUUGAGGCUCCAGGUGUCCGUCUGCUGCAAGGAGAGCAAGUCUGAGUCGGCCCAUCCCGUUGGGAGCCCUGGAGAGAGUGGCACAUCGGGGUGGCAAGGCGGGGGUCCUCCCAGCCCCCUCUGUCUCCUGCUGCUGCUGCUGCUCCCAAUUCUGCGUCUCCUGCGAGUUCUCUGAGCCAAGCGGACCCUUCCCGCCACCCUGGGACCCUGCACCCCGCAAGACUCUGGGGAGGAGGAGCCCCGCCACCUGAGCUGGGAGUGCCGAGUCAGACAGACAAGAUGGUGGAGCGAUGGAAGAGGUCAGUGGACCGGAGCUGGCCCUCGCAGGUGCUGGCCCCUUGUCCCAGGCGGAAGUCGACCUACGGGGAGCUGCAGACAGCCCUGGGCACCUGGAGCCCAGGCAGGACAAACG